AUGUUCCCCUUAAUCAAUCGAAGCUCAAUUGCAUCCAAUCCCAUCCCAAUUUUCUCCGCCUCACUUCAAAUUGCCCUCACCGAACUCAAAAACAGCAACAAUUCAAUAUCCAAAGCGAUGAUUUCAAUCUCGAGUGAGUCAUCCACCACCAUGUCAACUUUCCAUAAGUGUGCAUCUCUGCUGAGUCGCUCACUGAUUCUACUCAACCAUUCACUGGCAAAUCUGGUCGUUGACCUGGUCCUGGUGGACUUGGAGAUCGAAGCGUUGACUUAUAGUGAAACUGAUGAUAUAAAGGCCUGGAACAUGGCUGCAGCGGCCGGUGCAGAGGAUUGUUUCUCUGCAUUACAAGACGUUGAGUCAAUGGUGAAGAUUAAACGUGAGAAAAUGGUAGUAAAUGAAGUGAAAUCUAAGGUGGAUAAAGCAAAGAUGUGUUUGGCUAAUUGGAUGGGAUUAUUUCUUAUGAAAGAUUACAUUCUUGACGAGUUCUAUAGUCCUAUUAUCGUGAGUGAUUAUUAUUAUUACCCUCGUUAUGGUUUUGAUUAUGGGUUUAUUUUGUUUCUCUAUUGUGGGUUGUACUUGUUCUUGAUAGUGUUGUACGGUAUGGUUUUACGUGGUCAUUGA